AUGAGUUCAACGCCGAAGUGGUAUUGUCGCAACAAAUCUACGCCACCUAUACAAACUUUUUCGGAGAUUACGAAAUUAGGGAAAGAAUUGAGACGUGUCACAUAUCGAAUCGCUGUGGAUGUUAGAGUUGAUGUAUUCGAUGAGCACAACACACUUUUGGAACAAGUGGAACACGUUUGUGAACUCUACUGGAACCUGAAAGAUGAGACACAGAACAAGGACAUACACUCAUUGAAUAAGAAAAUCAAGAGAAGCCCCUAUAAUGCCUUAUUACUACAGAAAUAUAAAAUACUCAUCGAGAUCAAUGAGCGACGUUUUUGUCAGUUAAUGUUCGUGCUAAAGCAGACUGUUACGCAAUUACUCCGAAAAUCAUCUCAAUCUGAUAUAUGGCUAAGUUGGGCGUUACAAAUAUCAACUUUGUACAAUAAGUGGAGCCGUCGCGAAAAGCCUAAUAAUGUUGAUAACAGCAAUGAGGAAGCAACUCACAGAGCUGACACAAGUGGUGCAACAGACGACGAGUGGAAUUCAAAUGUUUGUAGUAAUAUGUAUCCGACAUUGUUGCUACCACAGAAAGCCAUUGAUUUUGCCUAUGUUCUACAGCACGCUUCGCAAACACGCACAGAGCAAAAUUCACUCGAUUUGCUCUUUGGACUAUUCAAUAUUAGCGAACAGGACGCUCCAACGGUGGCUGAUAAUUGUGAAUCCACAGCAUCCAGCUUGGAAAUUCUACGUAUACUUACACUUAGUAUGCACGGUGAUAAUGAAUUUGAGGACUACAAUAAUUAUUUGGAAUUGGAUGGUGGACAGUUCAGAGUAAAAAGCAGUUUGCGUAAAUAUGCUGAACAUUUUUUGCAACGCGAACGUGCAUACUUGAGUCAACUCAUAGCCAAGUCAUUUGACUAUUGUCCGAGCAUUUUUGAUGAAUUGAGUGACUUCGUUAUGCGCGGCAUGCGUCAAAUUUGGUCAAACGUUGGACUCAUAUUGGAUCACAUCAUACUCUGGUGGAUUGAUACACCACUUGCUUGCUACCCAUUAACGCAUGUGGAAACUAUGCGACAUUGGUUAAAGAACCAUACCGCGAACGACAUACCGGAGCCAGUUUAUUCAACUCUACGUGGAGUCGCGGAAAGUCUCACCAACUUCGUUGCCACCAAUACCUGGGACCAAUUGUUUCGCUAUACUUUAUUGUCAACAAACUGCUUACCAGCUACCAUGGAGCGUGCCUUACAGUUAUAUCGACCAGUAGGUCAAGAGGAGCAUCUGGGCACCUACACAGGUAGCUUUUGGGUGUUGGUUUUCAAAAGUUUGAUCGAGUUGAGUAACAGUUAUUUUCCAAGUAGCGAAGCACAAAUGCAAAUCAGUAGCCUUCCUGUAGCCGAACAAAUACCUAUCUUACAUCGCAUUGAUCACUCUGUUCAUUCUAUGCGUUUGUGGGUUAAGGAACAAGCCAAGCAACUUUGCUGUGAAUGGCAAAUGGAUCGUUUCUUUCGCAUUAUGGAGCAUGAUGUGCGCGUGUGCUUGGCCGGCUUUAAUGGGCAUAGAUUACCAAAAUUAACGGCUGAUCUCUCAGAUAUUCUUAUGCUGGUGAAUGUGGCAUUGCGUACUAAAUUAAUACUUGAAGUUAACAUAAACAUCGAUAAACUGAAGAAAACUAACGAAGAAUGUGUGCAAAUUAUGUCCGAAGUUUGUCGUAUACUCAGUCUUGCCAGUUUUAAGCUCUCCUUUCCGGCUGCCAGUCACUGGCAGCAACGUGUUUUUGAUGAAGAUGUGAAAAGCGAUUAUGUCGAUUAUGUGCUCGAUCAAAUAUUUCUGCCUGCCAUUAAGGCUACCAAGGAUUUGAUCAUUCUUAAGUUGAUUUUAAAGAUCAUAUGCGAAGCUUGGUUGGAUUACAUUUAUAUGAAACGGAUCAAGUUUAGUGUGAACGGGGCUGUGCAAUUGCUAAAUGAUUUCGAUUGUGUACGAGAAUGGAUAUUGGCGUGUUCGUUGCUGGAUACCGAGCAAUCGGAGAAGUUGAGUAACCAUGAGGUAUUGCGUAUGUGCAAGGGAGUGGGUAAAAUCCUGCUUCGUAAGCCAGAAGAUGUUAUAUCAAUAGUUCAGUCUCCGAAGUUUGAAUAUGAUCGGAGAGCGGUGGGAGUUGAUGCUGCUGCACAAGAAACUCAAUUGCCUUCGGAAAUGUUUGUGUCAAACCAAAAAAAUUGGCUACAAUUGCGGGCCAACAAAGGAAAUGUAUUCAGUUGGUGCUGCAGUGAUUCAUCGGUGUAAAAUAGAAAGCUUCUUCUUUCUAAAUUAAA